AUGUAUGUAUCAUGCUGCCUCUAUCGAAAGAAACUUGAGGUAGAUCAACGCAAGCAGGCAGACGAAGAGUAUGAUGGCGCCUUCUUGUACAUAAUUGUAGUUUAAUUCAUUUAAUGGGCCGUCAUUAAAUGUACGUCGAAAAUAUAAAUCUUAUAAUAGUGGGCAAAUCGUGGUUGUGUUCAGGGCUAUUCGUCCGUGAAAAAUGGCCACAAAAGAAUCUGGUGUUACCAUCGACGAUGGUAUAGCGGAACCUGGCAUAGAGCCGGGUGCGUCCGCUGAAACGAUGCUCGUAACAACAGAUAGCUUUGAAGAAUACGAACAAGAAAUGAGUAGCAGUAUCGACGAUAGACAAAUGAAGGAAAGUACAACAAGUACUAUAUCUGAAAUUCAAGAUGACGUACAAGACAUUCCUAUAACGCCUACGACUAAAAGUCCUCACGAUUUAAAAAAAGAUGAAUCUUUAGAUGAAUCUGAUAUGGACGACAUUGCUCAUCGUUUAGGUCAAAGUAGUUUAGAUGCCGAUCCGUUACGUUGUAAAAUCUGGUUGGCCCAAAGGAAACACGUAUUUAUUUUAAGUCAAGCAGGAAAACCUAUAUAUUCUCGAUAUAGCUCGGAGGACAAACUAGUCACGCUAAUGGGCGUUAUGCAAGCUCUAGUAUCCUUUGUCCAAGCUGGCAGUGAUAUGAUUAGAUCUGUACAUGCCGGAGAUACUAAUUUUGUCUUCUUCGUUAAAGGACCAUUAAUAUUAGUCGCAGUUUCCAAAACUUUGGAAAGUGUACCUCAACUUACUUUACAGCUAACAUAUGUAUAUAAUCAGAUAGUCUCCGUUUUAACACAAUCUCAAUUAACACGAGUAUAUGAUCUACGAAGGAACUUUGAUUUACGAAGAUUAUUAAGCGGCAGUGAAAGACUGAUAGAUCACUUAUUGAAUUUUAUGGAUAGAGAACCUGCUUUUUUUCUAGGAGCUAUUAAAUGUUUGCCUUUACUUCCCUCAAUGAGGGCCUCUAUAACGCAAACUAUUAUACAAACCUGUGGGAAAAUAAAGAAUUUGGUCUUUGCAAUACUUUUGGCUAAUAAUCAGUUAGUCACAUUAGUUAGAAUGAAUAAGUUCUUUUUACAUCCAGUGGAUUUGCAUUUAAUACAAAACUUGGUCGAUAGUUCGGAGUCCCUUAAGACUUUCGAAAUAUGGACGCCAAUAUGUUUGCCAAAAUUUGAUGCCAAUGGUUAUAUGCAUGGUCAUGUUUCAUAUCUAGCAGAAGAUUGUCAAGCGUGCUUAUUAUUACUUACUGUGGAUAGACAUGUAUUCUUUGUACUUUCAGAAGCUAAACAAAAAAUAGUGGAGAAACUAAGAAGAACAAACUGUUUAGAAGCGAUAAAUGAAUCUAUGAAUAAAACACCAAUCACAACUGCGGAUAUUGGCCUACCUGAAAUGCGGCAUGUUCUAUACAAAUGUAAAAGCACGGCGCAAUUUUGGAGUCCUGGUCUUCAACCGCCUUAUACCACUGAUGAAGAAAUAGAACGAUUACUUGGACAGUAUCAAUGUUUACAUCACAGAUUACAUUCUCCUAAUCGACCAUUAAAAUUAAUCUUUCAACAAUUGGAUAAAGAAACUAUGUUAGCUUGGGUAACUUCAGGUUUUGAAAUUUAUGUAACAUUCGAGCCUCUGGUUACAAAACCUGAUGCAAUUGACGCAGUGAGUAAACUAUUGAAAUGGAUAAAAAAAGAAGAAGAAAGAUUAUUUAUAUUAAAUUCACCUACUUUCUAAUGAACUUAUGACAUUAGCAUAAUCCUAGUCUCAAUUAAUCGAGAUUAUCUAAUUUUCACUUUAUAAUUUUGCAUCAUUGCAAAGUACAUAUAUUAAUACCAAAUUUAGUCAAAUUCUUUUUAGUUGAACGAAAAAAAAAGAACAUAUAUGAUUGCUCUAAGUAUAAUAACGACAAUCUGCAAUUUUAACGCAGUAGUUUUGGUCAUAUUUAAAUGAAGCUACCAAAACACAUUUUGUUAAAAGUACCUGGAUGCACUAACACUUUGUUGAAGAAGUUGUAUUAUUUACAAUUAUCUUUAAGUAUAUAGUGAUAUAUUUUAAUUGUUACAUUAAAUUAGAAGAUAACUAUUGAAAAAUAUAUGAAUUUCUAUGCAAAUGUAUAUAUUCGAUAAUGAAUAAUCACAGAGAUUGUAUUUCUAGAUAGGCUACACAUUUAUUUUAAUAUCUGUAUGUGCGCGUGUGUGUGUGUAUACUGAUAAAAAAAAUGCAGUAUUGCAUUUUAAUAUGGAAUUCAUAUUUAAUUUUUUAUACAAACAUUAACGGGGUCGUGCUGACAUUUAUAAAUAUGAACGCAUCUAUUAAAUGCAAUGUGGAAUUUAUUUUUCUUUUUUUCUUCUCUUAAACACGAUUUGUACAUAUUAUUAUAUACAAAAGUUAUAUAGUGUAUUUGGGGAUGAUCGUUAUCUGGAAAUAUGUAAAAGUAAGCUACUGUGUAGCAUUUCUAUUGACGAACUUUAAUACCAUUAAGAUUGAUGUUCGCAAGUACUGUUAUUGGUCUGACUGGAAAAUAUAGUGAAAAUAUAACAGCUGUAAAAA